AUGUCCGGCCUACCUUCUAUCUCCUCACUGCCAUCGCUACCCACAGAACAGAGAGCAGGUGUCCUUGACCUGCUCUUUGAGCCCAGCGUCCCUCUGCACACACUGUCGGUCGAGCUGCUGCGUAACCAAACAUUCGCAUCGUACAACGACCUGAUCGCAGCUGUUGGGGUUCAGCUGACCGAGCUCUCUGAGUCAUCUUCUGCCAGUGACACCAAAUGGCUAGAGAGCAUAUUGGGAUCACACCCUCGACUCGGCGCAAAGAAGGUUGAAAGUGCGCAGAGCCAGGCAGAGCAAGCACAACUCAACACCGGCGGCGAAGAAGAAGCCCGCAAAUUACACGACUUGAACGAAGAAUACGAAAAGAAGUACCCUGGACUGCGAUACGUUGUCUUUGUCAAUGGCCGCAGCAGACCGAUCAUCAUGGAGGAUAUGAAACAGAGAAUCGCUGCCGGGGAUAUUGUCGCGGAGCGAGCAGCCGCAAUUAAGGCCAUGUGUGAAAUUGCGGCGGAUCGCGCGAGCAAGUUGCAGAAAGCGUGA